UUAGUAGUUAGAGAGUAAAACAAGGCAGUGCAAUAGUGUUGAGCCGGAUAUUGUUGCAUUAUUUCGCGGGACAAGAUAUUGGGUAGCGGGAAAGUUUUAUUUGAGAGAAAAAAUAGGGGAGCGGGAAAGGUGAAUUAUUUUCCCAGUUUUUUCUCAUCUAUUCCGUUUUCCCCAUAUCCUCUCAGUUCCGUGUUUGUCUCCAUCCAUGAUACCGUAUCUCAAUUUUGAAGUUUAUCUCUACUGGCUUGAAUUUGGUUUCUCUCACGCAAACAACCAGAAACUGUCCCAAAAAAAAAAAAAAAAUUUUUUGAGAGAGGCAAAAAAAAGAAAAAAAAAAGUGAGAUUUGGAGGCAAAGAUGAGAGAUUAUUGAAGAUUGUGAUUUGAGGAGCAGCAAAGGAGUUCAAUCUCUUUUACUGGGUUUUCUUUGAGGAAUUUCAAUCUCUCAUUCCGGUUGGCUUGAGAAAUUUCUUUGAUUUGCAGGCUAUCACUUCAUCAGGAACAAAGAAAGAUCAGAACAAGGUAGGCAAGGGAAGAUAGAAGCUUGUCCUCAAAAGCAAGUAGUUAAGCAAGUGGACUAACACGAUCAAGUGAAGAUGUCAAUAGAUAAGGCUUGGAUGUUUAUUAAAGAUAGGGGGUCACAAGAAUGGCAAAAUGGUAUGAAAGCAUUUCUAGAUAUGGCUUUUGCCGAAGUAGCAGAGGCAAAUACAAUUCGAUGUCCAUGUCGUAAAUGUGUUAAUGUGGUUCCUAAGACACGUAAUGAGGUAGCACUGGAUUUGUGUAAAUUUGGAAUGGAUCAAAACUACAAGAUAUGGAUCCAUCACGGUGAAGAGUGGUAUGAUGAACCAUCUAAUGAAAAUAGUGGGGGCAUAGAUAAUGAAAGCAAUCAGGAAAGAAGUGAUGAUGCUAGGGCAUAUGAGAUGAUCAAUAAUAUGAUGAGAGCUGAGAACUUGGCUAGUACUACAAUUGGUGGAGAUGAUGAUUUGCAUAUGCGGGAUAGUGAGGAACCAAAUGAUAAUGCUAAGAAAUUCUUACUAUUGUUACAGGAUGUGGGACAAAAGUUGUACCCUGGUUGUAAAAAUUUAACAAAGUUAUCAUUUGUUAUGAGGUUGUUUCAAAUGAAGUGUCUAUAUGGGUGGAGUAACAAAUUAGUUGAGGGAUUACUUGAAUUUUUAAGGUUUUCAUAUCCUGAUGGCAAUUUGGUUCCUGAGUCAUUUUACAAUGCAAAAAAAAAGGAUUUGGGAUUUAGGACUUGACUAUGAAAAGAUUGACGCUUGCAUUGAUGACUGUGUGUUGUAUCGAAAUGAGUAUGCUGAUUUGGAAAAAUGUCCAAGAUGCAAGAAGUCUAGAUGGAAAUCGAAUGAGAGUAAUGGUAAUAUCAUUGGGAAGAAAAAGAACCACAAAAAGGUUCCUCAAAAGAUUCUACGUUAUUUUCCAUUGACCCCUAGGCUACAAAGAUUGUUUUUGACAAAAAAUAUAGCUUCUGAAAUGAGAUGGCAUAAAGAGGGUAGAGUAGAUGACGGUGUGUUAAGGCAUCCAGCUGACUCCAUCGCAUGGAAACAACUAGAUGAGGUUCACUCUUGGUUCGCAUUAGACUCUCGUAAUGUUCGACUUGGCCUUGCAAGUGAUGGGUUCAACCCCUAUGGGGUUAUGAGUUCAAGCCAUAGUACAUGGCCUGUUAUGUUAAUUCCAUAUAACUUACCACCAUGGAUGUGCUUGAAGCAGCCUUUUUGGAUAAUGUCCAUGAUUAUACCUGGUCCUACAUCACCUGGAAAUAACAUUGACAUUUAUCUACAACCAUUAAUUGAUGAAUUAAAUCAAUUGUGGGAAAAUGGUGUCGAGACAUAUGAUGUCUCAUUGGAGCAGAAUUUUCGUUUGCAUGCAGCAAUUUUAUGGACAAUCAAUGACUUCCCUGCAUAUGCAGUAAUGUCUAGAUGGAGCACCAAAGGAGGGCUAGCAUGUCCAUGUUGUCAUAAGGAUACGGUGUCAUUAAGACUUAAGCAUGGACAAAAGCAUUGUUAUAUGGGUCAUCGCAGAUUUUUAGAAGCUAAUCAUAAAUGGCGUAGGAAUAAAGAAGCAUUUGAUAACACAAGGGAAACAAGAGAAGCACCAAAGCCAUUAUCAAAGACUCCGACAGACUAUGCGUGAGGAAUUUCUGGCAAUACUAGCUAACCAAUCUCAGGGUGGAGGCCAAUGAAGUGGUUGUGAAGCAUGCAUGUAUAUCACUUUUUGAAGGGAACUUUUCUUACAUGUUGCGUAUAUAUUUGUGUAUAUUUACUUUUGAAACUAUGUGUUUGAUCGUAAUUAACUAAACGAGUUAUGUGUAUAUUUGUGUUCUUGGACAUAUCAAUUUGAUGGAGUACUUUGACUUUUGCAUUUA